AUGCAAGGCCUCAGUGACGCGCUGGUUGAUGCCGGCGCGGCCAGCAGCAGCGGCAGGCAGCUGAGCCAACUGGGCCAGCGGCAGCCGUGGGCGGCCGCGGCGGUGCGGCCCGCGACCGCCUCCGCCUCCGACACCCCAGGCGCUGCAGCCCCUGGCACCUUCGAGGUAGCGCCCGGACGCAGGCUGGAGCCGCGCCUGGAGGAGGCCUCGCAGUCCAGCACCAGCAGCCGCAGCACGACCGGCGCAGAGGCCGAGGCGGCGGCGGCGGCGCUGCAUGCGCGGCCGCCACCCGGCCACACCGACUUCCAGCAGCGCCAGCUCGUGAUGCUGUUCACAUGCACUAAGUGCAACACCAGGGCUGCCAAGGCGUUCAGCAAGCAGAGCUAUGAGCAGGGGGUGGUCAUCGUGGAGUGCCCCGGCUGCCACAACAAGCACCUCAUCGCAGACAACCUGGGCUGGUUUGGGCAGAAAGGCACUGUGGAGGAGUUUGCGGCAGCACGCGGCAGCACCGUGGUGCACAGGACAGCCGACGGCACGGUGGAGCUGAGCCCGGAAGAUCUGCUGGGGCCAUCCCUGGCGGCGGCAGCAGCAGCAGCGGAGGCAGGCGGCAGCGGCACGCAAGCGGCGGCAGCAGACGCUGCGGGCACAGGAGGGACGUCUUGA